AUGAUUUACAACCCAGAAUCAGAGUGGCGUGCCCUCCGUGAGAUCAGGGUGUCAAGUGUCAGUGUCUUCAUCUUUGACCGUCGCCCGCUACGGCCACUACACCGGCCUCUUCACAUCCCUCCUCGCCUCCGCCACCCACCCGGACCCCGUCGCCUCCCGCUUCGCCAUCUCCCGCCACCACGUCGUCGACGACCCGCCGCCUACCCCGCCCUCGACGACGUCGACGCCAUCCUCAUCACCGGCUCCAAGCACUCGGCCUACCUCGACGACGAGUGGAUUCUCGCCCUCACAGACUACACUCGCAAAGCUCUCGACUCGCGCCGCGUCCGCGUCGUCGGCAUCUGCUUCGGCCACCAAAUCGUCGGCCGCGCCCUCGACGCCGGCGUCGCCAAGAAUGACCGCGGAUGGGAGGUCGCCGUCACCGAGGUCGACUUGACUGACGAGGGCAAAAAGAUAUUCGGUCUGGAAAAGAUGAAUAUCCAGCAGAUGCAUCGCGACCAAGUGUGCACCUUUCCCUCCGACGCUGUUCCCCUCGGCUCGACCGACAUCUGCGCCGUCCAGGCCAUGUACGCCCCGCGCCGCUACUUCUCCGUCCAGGGUCACCCCGAAUUUACCGAGGACAUCGUCCGCGAGAUCUCGAGAGGAGGCAUGGCGACGGCGUCUUCACGGACGAACUCUACGACGAUGCUAUGA